AUGCCUUUUGAUUACUCAGAAGAUUGGUUCAAUUGUCAACGCCUACUCUGUGAGGACGAUGUCACUCUGGAAAAGUUUGUCAUCAACAUUGCUCUUUUCGUUGACUUCGUACAGGGAAUCUCCCAUAAGGUUGAUCCGAUCAUACUUGAUCUCUGGUAACUCCUGAAGCAGUGUUUCAAUUUUCCCGUGAUUGACGUCCAAAGUUUUGAGUACAUCAUCGUGCUUGCCUUUGAUCAUAUCACUUAUCUUCGAAACCUUUUCGCUGAAGGGCUGCAACAACAGAGAAGUGCUCUCUAUGGAAAUCUAUCAUAUGGCUAA